AUGAAACAAGAAAACUUUGAAACCUACCUGUGUUAUGCGAACAGUGGCUGCUGCGGAGUAGAAGGAGGAGGUUGGAUUCGAAAGAGGAGGUCGGAGUUGGAGAUUCGUCGGCAAACAACUGGUCUGCCGUCGCCGUUGCCUGAUGGAGCCUUGGAGGAGGAGCCGAGCAGAUGCUCGAGUGGCACUGGCCGCUGGGAGCUGGUUUCGGGAGUGCGGCUGUGCGAGGGCGGCAGCGGCGGAAAUCAAAAGGCGAUUUCUUUGGUCUCCGCUGAUGGAGGGGUGUCCCGAUAUUGUUAA